AUGCGCAGUUUUUGCCUGUUUAUAUUGGCCAUUUUCAUCUCCGGUGUUGCGGCAUUUCGCGCAGGCGACCGCCGCACCCGGGUUGCCAAUGCGCCCUUGACGCCGAGGCGUGAUGAACAGCUGUCGCUUUUCAAGUCCGAUAAAGGCUACAUCCUCGAGCGGAUAUCCGAUUCACUGAACUAUAUAUCUGAUACAGUAAACAACAGGAUCCCAGGGGGCGUUGCAACCGUUAUUACUGUGCCUGUGGUAACGGCUGCAGCGGCAAUUGCUAUACAGAAUUACCUCGGGCCAGACAAGUCCAAGGCGGCAAAACCAACGCUUAACCGUUACCAGUGCAGCGGCUGUGGUUUCACCAUAUUUCCCGCCAAGAAUCGCGAAGAAAGAUUUUUCUCUUCGAACUUCACGUGCCCAAAUUGUGGCGCACCGAAACAUAAAUUCGUGGAACGAAAUUAA